AGACGCGCAAUGCGGAAAUCUUUGAUCAAGCUGCGCGGACAUCGAAGCUUCAGCCAGCUCUCCAACGUCUCUGAGAGACAUCCACUCCUUAGACUCUUUAUACCAUGGCGCAACUGGGCCGCUACCGUUUUCUUUUUGUCGGAGUGGUGUUCCACCUCGUUUACAUAUACAGUAUCUUCUCCAUAUACUUCGUAAGCCCAAUUGUCCAUGGGAUGCGUGAGCAUCGUGUCGAAACCACCGAAGCGCCGGCUAAGCGCUUGGUACUCUUCGUUGGAGAUGGAUUGCGCGCAGAUAAAGCUUUUCAGUCUUUCCCCGACCCUUCACCAUCUACCAACAACACAGAAGAUUCACAUGUGCCUCGACCCCUUGCACCCUUUCUUCGUUCGCGCGUACUCGAGCAUGGCACCUUCGGCGUAUCCCAUACUCGCGUACCAACGGAAUCCCGCCCUGGACAUGUCGCUCUCAUUGCUGGGCUAUACGAGGACGUCUCUGCUGUGACUACGGGGUGGAAACUGAAUCCCGUCGAUUUCGACAGCGUCUUCAACAGGAGUGAGCAUACCUGGAGUUGGGGGAGUCCCGAUAUUCUACCCAUGUUUGAGCAUGGCGCAGUCCCAGGAAGAGUAUCUGCGGAUACCUACGGUGCUGAGUUUGAAGAUUUCACCAAGGAUGCGGUGGAAUUGGACAUCUGGGUGUUCGAUAAAGUGAAGGCCAUGUUCCAGGAAGCAAAGAGGAAUGCAACUCUUGACGCGGAGCUAAGAAAGGAGAAGAUUGUAUUUUUCCUGCAUCUGUUGGGUCUGGACACCACCGGGCAUGCUCAUCGGCCGUAUUCGAAGCAGUAUCUGCACAACAUCAAGAUCGUUGAUCAAGGCGUAAAGGAGAUAACUGAGCUCAUUGAGGACUUUUAUGGAGACGGAAAGACAGCUUUCGUAUUCACUGCAGAUCACGGAAUGAGUGACUGGGGAAGUCAUGGGGACGGGCACCCCGAUAACACCCGUACGCCUCUGAUAGUGUGGGGUUCUGGCGUAGCACCGCCCGUUAUCAGCACCUCUGGCGUCGCGAAGGGGCACGAAGAUGGCUUCUCGUCGGAUUGGGGCCUGGACCAUGUCCAACGCCAUGAUGUUGCGCAGGCCGAUGUUGCUGCGUUGAUGGCCUAUCUCGUCGGCUUGGAUUUUCCUACAAAUUCUGUUGGAGAGCUUCCUCUAUCUUACCUGGACGCAGAUUCAAAAGCAAAAGCCGAAGCUCUGUUGGCCAACGCGAAGGAGAUUCUGGAGAUGUAUCAUGUCAAAGAAGAGCACAAGAAAUCAACGGAACUACGUUAUAAACCUUUUCCGGGCCUUGGGGACGAGGUACAUUCCGUCGAUUACCGCAUCUCGAGCGUUCGAAACCACAUCGAUCAGGAGAACUAUACCCAAGCCAUUGAAGAGACGAGAGAACUCAUACAGCUGGGACUUCAGGGACUCAGGUACCUGCAGACAUACGAUUGGCUCUUCCUCAGAGCAUUGGUAACUUGCGGGUACAUAGGCUGGAUAGCAUAUGCCGUCACCACGGUCAUCGAUCUCCAUGUCCUUCAUCAACAAACGGAAACUCUUCGCACCGCUCCCAGCAUGGUCGUAUUCUCUUCCUUCCUUGUUGGAUUGUACUCGCUGCUUUUCAUGCAGCAAUCACCCUUGAUCUACUACGCCUAUGCCUUCUUUCCUGUCAUGUUCUGGGAAGAGGUGUGGGCAAGCCGACCCGCACUAAUACAGGGCGGAAAAGUGCUCUUCGGGCAUGUCACUUCCGGUUCUGAGGCUGUGAAGCUGGCCGCAUCCAUUCUCGGCUUCUUCGCCGUCCUAGAGGCGCUGGUGCAAAGCUAUUUUCAGAGAGAGAUUUUCACCAUCUGCUACCUCCUUGCAACUACUUGGCCAGCAUUCUACGGAAAGGAUUUCAUGCAAAACAAUGUUGUCCUGGUGGCAACAUGGGUGCUAUCUUGCGUCCUCAUGAGUGUGUUCACGUUAUUGCCGGCUAACAAGGUUGAAGACCUAAACUUAAUUUUGCUUGGAGGGAUAAUAAUGUUUGCUGUGGGUGUUCUCUACCUGCUCUUUGAGAAGAGCAUUCUCUACGACGCUGAGUCGUCGGAGGAUGAGCUGUCGGUACCAACUGUUGAUCAUUCAACCCGUAUUGUUAUCGGCGUGCAGCUCGGUUUGGUGGCUUUGGCGAUGAUUGUCACUAGGUCUAGCAUAUGGUACAUCCAGUCCAAGGCAGGACUGCCAACUGGAACAAAAGCGGUGGGCUGGAUCACGCUGAUGGCAUCCCUUUGCAUGCCCAUGCUCCAUGGGUCCCGGCCGAAUAGCCACUACAUCCACCGCUUGGUCGUCAUCUUCCUUCAAUUUGCGCCCACCUUCAUCAUACUCACCAUAUCCUACGAAGGCCUCUUCUACUUCGCCUUCUGCCUCUGCCUCUUCACCUGGGUGCGCUUAGAGCACCACAUCUUCACUCACACCCAGGCAAAACGCCUCGCUCCAGAGAUCUCCAGCUCCACCGACGGCUCCAAACCGGUAACUGCAGCAGAAUCCACUCAACUCAAACCCACCGACUACCGCGCCCUCACACUGUCCGACGCCCGCAUCUCCCUCUUCUUCUUCUUCCUCCUCCAAUCCGCCUUCUUCUCCACGGGCAACAUCGCCUCCAUCUCGUCCUUCUCCCUCGACGCCGUCUACCGCCUCAUCCCCGUCUUCGACCCCUUCUCCCAAGGCGCCCUCCUCCUCCUCAAGCUCCUCAUCCCCUUCGCCAUCAUGUCCGCCUACCUCGGCAUCCUGAACCGCAGGCUCGGCGUCGCGCCCAGCGCCCUGUUCAUGAUCGUCAUGGCCGUCGGGGAUGUGCUGACGCUGAACUUCUUCUACAUGGUCAGGGAUGAGGGGAGCUGGUUGGAUAUCGGGACGAGUAUCAGUCAUUUCGUCAUUGCGAGUCUGUUGGGCGUGUUUGUGGCGGGGUUGGAGUUGCAAAAUGUGGCUAGCUUAGGUAUUUAA